CCCUUCCGAUUUCAAGAGCCUAAUUCCAUACUGUAAGCCAAAGGCGCAAAACAUAUCGGAAAGGAAUGUAUAAGCUAGCUUUUCGGUUUAUGUAAAUGUUUUCUUGUCUGGCCGUCGCAUCGUAUUUGACUUCGGAAAGAGUUGUCAAAAAAACCUACAAGAGAUUCGUUUAGCGAACAGCAAGGGGAUAACUCACUAUCAGAUUAAAUAUUCAAUUAUUCCAUUGAAAAAUGACUUCAAAGCAUGUUCUGUUUGUGCUUCUUGGCUUAUUGUCUCAAGUGCUACGGAUUUCGUCUUAUUUUGAUGGUCCAGUCGGCGAUUCGGAUGUGUUCGAGAACCCAACUUGCCAACGAGAGGUAUUAGCGAGAAAUGCGUGCGAAUGUAAGAAGUUCAAUGCGGAGUGCGUCAGUUCUGGUUGCCAAAUAUGCAAAUGUAGAAAAAAGACGAGGAUCUAUCGUUCCGAUGUACGCAAGUGUUUGUCCGACAUUGAAGCGCGGGAUCCAUGGUGCCGUUAUCAAUUUGUCAAUACUCGAGCUGACAUUAUUCCAACUAUAAAUCUGUCAAAGAAAUGCCCAAACAACAAGUGUUCCAAGCCAAUCAACGCACCUUUUGACAAAACGAAGCUUUCGUGUCAAUUUAGUUGGGUAAAUUAUCUCGAGAAUGGAACGUGGCAUGAAAAAUCCAUCAUAAAAUUUCAAAAUACAUUUCACCUGCAAGGUUCGGACUAUUUUUCAGAUGAUGGAUACAUGUACAGCCUAGAGUGGAAGGGCUCAAGUCAAUCGCACAUUCGGAAACAACUGUUUCAAGUUUCAUUGGAAUGUCUGGAUCGCGACAACAUGAAAGAAACGUAUUGUUUGAUGUUCCGUGUCAGAGGUAAAAAUAAUCCUAUAUUGUACUCGGGAGCUGAAAUACGUCAGAAAACGACACACCCACAAACUAGCAGGACACACACAAAAUCUGACUUUAGAAAGGUUGUACAAACAAACGAGCCAACGCGAUUUCAGGAUAUUCGCAGACGAGAGGACGCAAAGAAAGAAAAAAUAGUUUUAGUAAAUGAUAACUUUACAGUCAUAUUAGCAGCAAUUGCAGGCGCUCUCGGAACAGCUCUUAUCAUUGUACCAAUUGCAAUGUUUUGUCGCAGGACGUCAAGAAGGCAUGGGUCAAUGGCAAUUCGAUCGCAUUCGGCUAACAGGGAAGAGCCAAGUUCUAGCUUUGCUGAAGAAAUCGAUAUUGAACCAAAAACGUCUGAAGAAACACUGAGCUCGUACACUAGUUUAACACCAAACCGGGAUCCACCAUCAAUCUAUCAGCCUUUGAGAAGAUUAAAUGCUGAUGAGCCUCCAGAUGAAGAACCAAUCUAUAUUUCCGUUUCUGGAGAUGACGAAGAAGAACCCGUCAAAGUUCCUCCAAUCUACCACGUCCUAGAAGAUUUAAGACAAAAGGAUGAAAGUGGGCAAGAAACCAGCCAAACUGAUGGCCAAUCCUAAGGGGGUACUGAUUGUAUUUAGAGGAUAAUUAGUCAUUAGUUGGAAUCACCCUUGAAUUCCCCCUUGGAAUCACUCGUGAGUAACCUUAAUUGUCACAAGAUGCCACAUGUACAGUAAAGCGAGGAUUCAUGUUCGAAAUAGAUUGUAGGACUUACUAUAACGUCGCAAGUAUCGAGCUGUUCAUGCCGAAUAUUAUCAGCAAAUCUUUAAUAUAAGGAGAAAGUGCGAUUUAUUUUAUAUUGCAUAUCUAGAACGGUUGAGACUGUUGACGGUCGAGACAGUUCUAGCUCUUGAUUUGCGAGUAGAGCUCUGAUUAUGUGGCGAUCGAUGCAAGUAAAGACAGUAGAGCUCUGAUUAUGUGGCGAUCGGCAACAACAGUGAUAAGUAUAUAUCCGGCUUAGGGCUUAACUAAACGAAAAGUAUAGAUUAAGUUAAUUCAAUCCAUACUACACAAAUUGAACAAUGUCAUGGUUGAAAAAAGAAGAUGUUGCCUGCUUCUACUAGCAGGACUUGUGGAAGUAAUUUGACUGAGUAACGAUAUGACACAUCGUUUAGCCUUUUAGUUAGUUGCCAGAAGUUGGCACCUACUCAACGCUUUUUGGCUGUAGCUUUAUUUCUCACACUUAAAGUAAAGCAAGUGGUGAAAAAUUUGGAAAAAAUGUAUAUAAUUCAA